AUGAACCUGCCACCGCGUCUCACCAUGUGUACUACUGCCGAUGCCGACAACACUGCUACUACCCGAACUGCAGCAGCAGCAGCAGCAGUAAUGGUAGAAGCAACUGUUUUAACUUCCAAAUUGAGCUUCUGUUUAUUUUUCAAACUGCUAGUCCCCCUCAUUCAGUCCAUAUCUAUCUAUCUAUCUAUCUAUCUAUCUAUCUAUCUAUCUAUCUAUCUAUCUAUCUAUCUAUCAGAGUCAAUUCAAAUCUAUCUAUCUAUCUAUCUAUCUAUCUAUCUAUCUAUCUAUCUAUCUAUCAGAGUCAAUUCAAAUCUAUCUAUCUAUCUAUCUAUCUAUCUAUCUAUCAGAGUCAAUUCAAAUCUAUCUAUCUAUCUAUCAUCUAUCUAUCUAUCUAUCUAUCUAUCUAUCAGAUCUAUUCUAUCUAUCUAUCUAUCUAUCUAUCUAUCUAUCUAUCUAUCAGAGUCAAUUCAAAUCUAUCUAUCUAUCUAUCUAUCUAUCUAUCUAUCUAUCUAUCUAUCUAUCUAUCAGAGUCAAUUCAAAUCUAUCUAUCUAUCUAUCUAUCUAUCUAUCUAUCUAUCUAUCAGAGUCAAUUCAAAUCUAUCUAUCUAUCUAUCUAUCUAUCUAUCUAUCUAUCAGAGUCAAUUCAAAUCUAUCUAUCUAUCUAUCUAUCUAUCUAUCUAUCUAUCUAUCUAUCUAUCUAUCUAUCAGAGUCAAUUCAAAUCUAUCUAUCUAUCUAUCUAUCUAUCUAUCUAUCAAUUCAAAUCUAUCUAUCUAUCUAUCUAUCAUCUGUCUAUCAGAGUCAAUUCAAAUCUAUCUAUCUAUCUAUCUAUCUAUCUAUCUAUCUAUCUAUCUGUCUAUCAGAGUCAAUUCAAAUAUAUCUAUCUAUCUAUCUAUCUAUCUAUCUAUCUAUCUAUCAGAGUCAAUUCAAAUCUAUCUAUCUAUCUAUCUAUCUAUCUAUCAGAGUCAAUUCAAAUCUAUCUAUCUAUCUAUCUAUCUAUCUAUCUAUCUAUCUAUCAGAGUCAAUUCAAAUCUAUCUAUCUAUCUAUCUAUCUAUCUAUCUAUCUAUCUAUCUAUAUCUAUCAGAGUCAAUUCAAAAUCUAUAUCUAUCUAUCUAUCUAUCUAUCUAUCUAUCUAUCUAUCAGAGUCAAUUUCAAAUCUAUCUAUAUCUAUCUAUCUAUCUAUCUAUCUAUCAGAGUCAAUUCAAAUCUAUCUAUCUAUCUAUCUAUCUAUCUAUCUAUCUAUCUAUCUAUCAGAGUCAAUUCAAAUCUAUCUAUCUAUCUAUCUAUCUAUCUAUCUAUCUAUCUAUCUAUCUAUCUAUCUGUCUAUUCAAGUCAAUUCAAAUCUAUCUAUCUAUCUAUCUAUCUAUCAGAGUCAAUUCAAAUUCAUCUAUCUAUAUCUAUCUAUCUAUUCAAAUCUAUCUAUCUAUCUAUCUAUCUAUCUAUUUUGAUCAGAUUUAAAUAUAUCUAUCUAUCUAAUCUAUAUAUCUAUUAUUUAAAAUCUAUCUAUCGAAGGAAAUCUGUCUUAUCAGUAAUUCAUUUAUAUUUCUAUCUAUCUAUCCGCGGAUUUAAAUCUAAUAUCUAUCUAUUUUAUCUAUCUAUCUUCUUGAUGUUCAAAUUAUCUAUCUAUCUAUCUAAUUGCCGAUCAUUCAAAAAUCUAUCUAUUAUCUAUCUAUCUAUCUAUCUAUCUAUCUAUCGGUUUAACGCAAUUCAAUCUAUCUAUCUAUCUAUCUAUCUAUCUAUCUAUCUAUCUAUCAGAGAAUCAAAUCUAUCUAUCUAUCUUGUCUAUCUAUCUAAUCUAUAUUUCUAUCCUCCAACUCGUCUCUCCACUGUCUCUAGCCCAACUCUUGCCCGGGCUAAUUCUCACCUGUCUCUCUAUUCCGUCUGCCUCUUCCGUCUGCCUCUUCCGUCUCUCUCUGUCGUCUGCCUCUCCUGUCUCUCACUUCCGUCUGCCUCUUCCAUCUCUCUCUUGCGUCUGCCUCUUCCGUUUCUCUCUUCCGUCUGCCUCUUCCGUCUCUCUCUUCUGUCUGCCUCUUUUUCAGCAUAA